UUAAAAUAAAUAAAUAGGGUGUCGGUUGGGCUGCUCGGGUCGGAUUCCGCGGUCCCAGCCCUUCCCCAUGGCCGACCCUGAGAAGUUGCGGGUUUCUUUGCCGCCCCCGCUGCCUCCUUCUUCUCCCUCCUCUUCAGACGCCUCUGCAGCAUCUUCCCCUGGCAGCCCAGUGAGUUUGGGCUGGCCAGUUCCGAGCAGGAGCAGCGGCCGAACGGUGUACCCGCUGGAGGAAGUGGAGCUGCAGAUCGGAGACGCAGCCUUUUCAUUAACCAAACUUCUUGAAGCCACAUCUGCAGUAUCAGCUCAAGUGGAAGAACUUGCCUUCAAAUGUACAGAAAAGGCACGUUUCCUUAAAACGUGGCGGGACCUAUUGAAAGAAGGCUAUGAUUCUUUGAAACCUGAUGACUAAUUUGGCAUACUUCGUUGUUUAAUAAUGACUGCAAUAAUUCAUA